CUAAUCAUCCCCAAUAUAAUGGCAUACAUUCACGAAGUUUGUAUGAUCAUAUUGUUUUAUGGUCUAACAAUCUUACCAACUUGGGUAGUUGGAAAACAAGUAGUACCAUGUUAUUUCAUUUUUGGAGACUCUUUAAUUGACAACGGAAACAACAACAAAUUAGUUACUUUUGCCAAAGCUAUUUAUCUUCCUCACGGUAUUGAUUACAGCUCCGGACCAACCGGAAGGUUUUGUAACGGCCGGACUUAUGCUGAUUUUAUCGCUGAAAAUUUGGGAUUUACUAGUCGGAUUCCCCCAUUUGCGUUUCCAAAUGGAUCCGAUAUACUACUUGGACUAAAUUAUGCCUCGGCUGCAGCAGGCAUUCGUGACGAGACUGGACAACAUCUGGGAGAUCGGAUAACCUUUAAUCAACAACUGAUAAAUCACCAAAUGACAAUGUCUAGUAUCAGAAAAAUUCUCGGAGGGCCUGAUUUGGCAUCAAGACAUCUAAAUAAGUGCAUAUAUAGUGUCGGAUUUGGCAGUAACGAUUACCUUAACAACUAUUAUAUACCAGCAGUAUACGAAACCAGCAACUUGUUUACGCUUGAAGAAUUCACGGACGCCCUUAUUCAACAAUAUAGAAGCCAGAUUUUGACAUUGUACAACUACGGAGCAAGGAAGUUUGUUAUGCACGGUUUGGGUCCGGUCGGUUGUACCCCAUACGAAAUGGCGCGUCACUCUGAGAAUGACACUUGUGUUGAAUACAUUGAUAUAGGAAUUCGACUAUUCAAUCGCAAUCUCAUAUCACUAGUUUAUGAUCUUAACAAUGACAUGAGGCUACAAGAUGCGAAAUUUAUCUAUUUAAACUUCUACGAUAUGAGCAUGGAAGCCAUCCAUCAGCCUUCACAUUUUGGAUUUAAAGUGGUGAAUAGUGCAUGUUGUGGAACGGGUGUGGACAAUGGAGGUCUCUCAUGUCUACCAUUUGAAGUACCAUGUCUUAAUAGGAAUGAAUAUUUCUUUUGGGAUGCAUAUCAUUCUACAGAAGCUGCUAACAAGAUAGCUGCCACAAGAACAUAUCUAUCAACUAAUCCCUCUGAUGUUUUUCCCAUAGACAUUUAUCACUUGGCUCAACUAUAGUUGUG